GGUGAUUCCAAGCACGAGCCCAUUACGUGUGUUUUGCGUGUUGUUGAUUUGUUUGUUUUUCUCUGCUUUUUCUCAUUCGCAGAGUCGAGCUUUAGGUCUGUUUUUCAAGAGAAAGAGAGUGAGAGGAAAAAGAAAAGAAAAAAGGUUGUUGUGAUGGCGAGUAAAUAUACCAAUGGUGAGUUAGUCUCUAACAUGGAUGACAAAUAUGGUGUUGGUGGUGGUGUUGAGGACGUGUACGGUGAGGAUAGUGCCACGGAGGAUCAACUUGUCACCCCCUGGACUGUAUCUGUUGCUAGUGGGUAUACUUUGUUGCGCGAUCCACACUUUAACAAAGGACUCGCCUUCUCCGAGAAAGAGAGAGAUGCCCAUUACUUACGCGGCCUUUUACCCCCAGCGGUCUCAACUCAGGGGCUUCAGGAGAAAAAAAUAAUGCACAAUCUCCGCCAAUAUGAUGUGCCGCUGCAUAAAUACGUAGCAUUGAUGGAUCUUCAGGAGCGAAACGAAAGGCUGUUUUACAAGCUUCUCAUUGAUAAUGUUGAAGAGUUGUUGCCACUUGUGUACACUCCAGUAGUUGGCGAGGCUUGCCAGAAGUACGGGAGCAUUUACAGAAGGCCUCAGGGUCUUUUCAUCAGCUUGAAAGAGAAGGGGAAGAUUCUUGAAGUGUUGAAAAACUGGCCCGAGAAGAGUAUUCAAGUUAUCGUUGUGACUGAUGGUGAGCGAAUUUUGGGACUCGGGGAUCUUGGUUGCCAGGGAAUGGGGAUCCCAGUUGGAAAACUGUCGCUAUAUACAGCACUUGGAGGAGUCCGUCCUUCAGCAUGCUUGCCCAUAACCAUUGAUGUUGGCACAAACAAUGAGAAGUUGCUCAAAGAUGAGUUCUACAUUGGGCUCAGGCAAAAGAGGGCAACUGGGCAGGAAUAUGCCGAGCUUCUGCAUGAGUUCAUGUGUGCAGUUAAGCAGAACUAUGGGGAGAAAAUCCUCAUUCAGUUUGAAGAUUUCGCAAACCACAACGCAUUUGAGCUGUUGGCAAAGUAUCGGAAUACUCAUCUCGUGUUUAAUGAUGAUAUACAGGGUACAGCAUCUGUGGUACUUGCAGGGCUCAUUGCAGCUCUCAAAUUAGUCGGUGGAACCUUGGCUGACCACACAUUCUUAUUCUUGGGCGCUGGAGAGGCUGGAACCGGUAUUGCGGAGCUUAUAGCCCUCGAGAUAUCAAAAAAGACAAAUGCUCCUGUAGAGGAGACUCGCAAGAAGAUUUGGCUCGUAGACUCGAAGGGACUCGUAGUUAGCUCUCGUAAGGGGUCUCUUCAACACUUCAAGCAGCCUUGGGCUCAUGAGCAUGAACCUGUCAAGGAACUCUUGAAUGCCGUAAAGGCAAUCAAGCCAACAGUGUUGAUAGGAACAUCAGGAGUUGGGAAAACUUUCACAAAGGAUGUCGUUGAGGCCAUGACUUCCUUCACUGAGAAACCUCUCAUUCUCGCUCUCUCCAACCCAACCUCACAGUCCGAGUGUACCGCUGAAGAAGCUUAUGCAUGGAGUCAGGGUCGUGCAAUCUUUGCUAGCGGAAGCCCAUUUGAACCUGUCGAAUACGAUGGAAAAAUUUUCAUGCCUGGCCAGGCAAACAAUGCGUACAUUUUCCCUGGAUUUGGUUUGGGCUUGAUCAUGUCUGGUACAAUUCGUGUGCACGAUGACAUGCUUUUAGCAGCCUCGGAAGCACUGGCAGCUCAAGUGACCGAGGAAAACUACAAAAAUGGAUUAAUAUACCCACCAUUUACCAGUAUCAGGAAGAUAUCAGCUCACAUUGCUGCUAAAGUCGCAGCCAAGUCCUAUGAACUCGGUCUGGCUUCUCGUCUCCCUCGACCCAAGGAUCUUGUCAAGUUUGCUGAGAGCUGCAUGUACAGCCCGGCCUACCGCAACUACCUCUGAGUUGGGAAUUCUAUGAUAUGCAAUUUGGUAGCAAUUUUAGAAGAUUGGGGUGGUCCUGGUCUUGCUACUGGGUGUGGUGAAGCUUUAUGUUUCAUUUUUAGAUCAAAUAUGUUGUCAUUGUUUUUAUAGUUUUAUUAUAUUCAUACUUUUGGGAAGCAAUUUUGUUAUUAUCAUCUUCAGUACUUGUUAAGGAAAUAAACAACCACAAUUUUAUUAGUUA